UUUUGGAAAUGACUGGCUUAGGCCUGUCUUCCUGCGUAUAUAUAGUGAAAACAUGAUUGAAGAACUGCACGAAGAGAUGGAUCAGGCAGCAAAGACGUCGUUCCCACACAAGUAUCAAGACAUUCUAAGAGAAUUUAACGCACGUAUCGACACGUCCUCACCUGAAAAAUUCCAUUCGGAGCUCGGAGAAACAGGAAUUUUCGACCAACAGAAAAAGCAUAGGUAUUGGGUUGAUGAAAAGGGCAAGAACUGUUUUAUGGUGUAUGCAAGAGCUCUCAGAAUCGCUUGGAGUGGAAACAGACGUCAGUGGCGCUGGUACACCGAGAGAGCAAACAACAGCGAUGUCUCCGUUGAGGUUGCUGAACUGUUACGUGCAUAUUGGCUAGAAGUGCACGGGUUUUUUGAGACCGGAUACCUGACACCCGAUACUAAGUAUGAAGUUUCAUAUGUGAUCAAGAUGAAGGAACCAAGCUCCGGAUGGGAAGAUAACGUCGACUUCAGCCUCACUCUCCCUCAGAACACGAUGAGGGGCCUGAAUAUCAAUAAAAAAAAUCUGAAGCAGAUAUCAAGGGAAGAUUGGAGUUAUAUACGAGUUGACGAAUUUACACCUGGGCAAUCUGGCAAGAUGGAUUUUAUGCUCCGUCAACCUGGGAGACUGAAGACAGGGCUUGUUAUCAAGGGUGUCGCCAUUCGUCCUACAACCUAAGUUGCAGAGCACCCAGCAGCUUCCAUUACGAGCAGAGAAAUAACGUUCUGAUUUUUAUUUUAUUAAAGCAGAAAUAAGACGAGUGCGUAUGUAAGAAAUGAUCGGAACAGAAUAAUAAUGAAGGGAUGAUACACUUUUAACUA